AUGAGUGAAUUGCGUACUCUGCACACGCAAAUAACCAUUAUUGGGGGACACACGAAGCCAAUCCGUGGUUUGUAUGUGGGAAGCAAUUUUCUGAUAGUCGCAGACGAAGCCCAGGUGUACUACUACAAACGACCCUAUGAAGACGAGGAUUCAUAUGGGAUUGAGUGUACCUUUAAGGAUAAAUUUGGAGGCCCUAUCUCUUGCAUGGCCUACAGUAUAGCCUAUGGCGUUGAGCUUCUCUACUUGGGCACCACCCUUGGGUGCCUAAACGUUGUUCGCCUGAAGACAGCGAACGGACGGAGAACGAUGCAUCUAGACCACUUCUUCUAUGUUGGGAGGGCUGCAAUUCGAAAGCUACAGUGGCUAACUAUGGCUAAAAUCUUAGUGAUAACUGCUGCAUCUCCUGACAUUUAUAUGUAUGUGCCUCUGCUCGGGCAAGUUUUCUCCCGAAGGGUCUCGAAUAAGCCCCUCACGCAUAGUUUUCUGGACGAGCUCACAGAGGCACUUUAUAUUUCUGAUUCACGGGACUAUGUGAGGGUCUUCAACAUACCUCUUAGCAAUCCAGGAAUUAUCAAUCAGAAUGCGGCAGUACGAGGAUCGUCCUUGUUUGUUUCUUUGUACGACGGUACAUCAUACACUCCGACAACCUCCAUUUUCGCCUCUGGGAUGGGCUCUACUAAAGCACAGACUUUUAAUAGAAAAUUCCACGAAUCAAGUAGUACUAAGCAAACGACAGACAAGCAAACGACAGACGAGCUUUCCACAAUCAAGAUUAGAAACAACACUAACUUUAGCAUAUCAAUGGUUCCUAAGACCACUGCGCCAUCCACUAUCUAUUCACUUAAGCCAAAGAAGCACCGUGGCAAGAAAGUUUUAGCUAAACUUUCUAAUUUCUUUAAACGGUUUUCUAAGCAUACCAGCCAGGCAAGGCGUGUAGAGUCAUCGGAGCUUGGUGUGUGUGCUUUGCAAAUAGAGGGUCUGGGGGAGAAUGCUAUCGAUACUAGUACCAGAGCUGUCUCAAUUGUGACAAGCUGCACUGGGCAGGACGCCGUCUACGUACCCAAACUAGUUGCUGCGUUAGGAAUGAACUCGGCUCGACGGCUAGUGCAAUCUGCGCACAAGAAAUCUAUCCGAACCUUUCUGAUCGACCCCGUCAACGGGCUAAUAUUUACUGGAGGAGAUGACAAGGUCAUUGCCAUAUGGAACAUCGAGUCGCUGUUUGUGUCUGGUGAAUCAUACAUAAUCGAUACCAGCAACUUCAACUACAAAAAAGUCACAACACUGGCCUUUUCACCUUUGCGUCUUGUGCUUUUCAGUGCAGACGAAAGCGGGGCUAUUAACGUGUUUGAUGCCAACAACCUCCUUAUUGUUAACACCUGGCUUGCACACAGCGGUCCCAUCAAUGGAAUCUUUCUUGAUGACGAGGCAGGGCUACUCUACACAUAUGGCAACGACGGACUUAUUAAGGUCUGGCGCGUUUGGAUAGACGAGUCUGAGUGCCUUGUCGCUAAGAGGAAGUAG